AGAAGCUGCCGAACAAGGCAAAUCUGUAAAGCAAACGCUUUACGUCGGAACGGCCGACUAAUUUGUCGAGGAGACAAAAUAUAUUAAAUAUAACAAAUAGCAGAUAAUACCUUUGUCAAAUUGUUACUCGCAUUUAUCAGUACUAAUAAUGGCUGAUCCUGGCACCGACGAAAGGGUGACCGAUGAGAUCGAAGCUCUCAAAGCUAUUCUUCUAGAUCACGAAUUGCACAUCAAAGAAAACCGAAGAGGUGAACCGGAAUGCAUUGAGACCAUAGUAUUUCCAUCAACUGGAGAAGACUCUCAGUCUCAGUACGUUUGUGUGAGAUUAGUUGUGGAUCUGCUACCUGGCUACCCAGAUGUUUCGCCAAGGGUUACACUCCGAAAUCCAAGAGGAUUGCACGAAGACACCGUUCGUCUCAUACAAGCGGAUGCAGAAGCUAAGUGUCAAGAUUUCGUUGGUCAGCCCGUUAUGUUCGAGUUGAUUGAGCUAGUACGGGAACAUCUCACUUGUAGCAACUUGCCCUCUGGCCAAUGCGCCGUUUGCCUCUAUGGAUUCAGAGAGGGUGAUGAAUUCACGAAAACCGAAUGCUAUCAUCAUUUUCACUCGCAUUGCCUCGCAGCCCAUGUAGCUGCUGCUGAACGGCAUUAUAGAGAGGAGCAAGAAAAAGUGCCGCUAUGGCAACAAGAUCCUAAAAACAAGUUCCAAGCAAUCUGUCCCGUAUGCCGCGAAGUGAUUAAAUGCGAUGUUGAAAAUCUAAGCCUUGCUCCACCGCCGUUUGAAGUUGAAACUGCAAAAGAUUUUGCAGUUACUGCAGAACUGAGGGAACUGCAACAUCAAAUGGCUGCCUUAUUUUUACAUCAGCAGCAGAGGGGAGGAAUAAUAGAUCUUGAAGCUGAGGGAGUUAAAAUGCUUUUACGAACCGAAGAGGAGUCUACUGGUGCUGUGGAAGAGCCCAGUCCUCCUGGGACGAGUUUAACUGCAAUACAAAAUCAAGAAGAACCAGUGGUGACUCAGGUGCAACACCCUCAGCAGUUCGGGACGCAGCAUAAACCAAAUCAAUAUCAGCCACGGCAAUCGCAACAAAAUCAUCAGAGACACAAUAAUCAUGGUCAUCGAAACCGGGGACGUGGUCGUCCUAAUUAUCGACGCCACUUUGACAGAGUACGGCAAGCAGAGACGACUCCCAGAUGACAAUGGGUUCGCGACAAUCUCAGCACUGCCUGGCAUCUCUCGUCAUUAAAUUUACACAAUACAAUUAGCAUUAUUAGCGUAAUACUCGACGUUACUAGCUGUGGCUGUCAAAUUUUCAAUCGUCUUUGUGUAAUUAAAUUAUAGGUAACGGUGUCCUUAGCAGCUCUCCCAUUGUAACGGUAUAUAAAGUGGGAUGCGUUUGAAACUUUUGGAUACGGUCUACGAUCACAGUAAUUUUGAAUUGUACAGUCAAUGUUACAACCCAAUUUACCGCCAGCAUGAAUUUGUAAACUUUCAUACGAAAGGAACAAAGUAAUUCAUUCAGACUCAUUUACAUCUCAUUAAUUGCAGACAGUGUGUUCAAGAUUUAGGUUUUGAACAGUUUAAUGUGAUAAUUAAAACGGCCAGGAAGUAAGUUUAACACUUGUAAUAACUUUUGGGUGUUGUUUUCAAAUUAUUAAAAUGAUGUUAAACUUGCUUUACAGGUAUUCUUCCAAAAAGUUGUGAGUAGCGGUACUUUCCCAAGUUUUGAAACACUUACUAUAUUUUUAUUCCAUGCAAUUUUUUUGACCCAUUUGUUUGUCUUACUGGUUUCUAAUAUCCCAAUCGAUACGCAAUAUCUAGUCAAACUUUGUGUGAGAUUUUAGAGAAAUGGCGGCAACGCAUAACGUGAUUUUUCGAACGAUUAUCUUAUAGCUAUGCAAGGCUUCUGAUGGACAUCAAUAAAGAAGCAGGCAGUACUUUUACAAAGGUAUUGAAUGUAAUCAAUCAAUGCGACUCGAGCUUAAGAUGUAAGUGGAAAGUAAAAAUGUUCCGAAUUGUUAGACUUUAAUAAAAAUUACUCCCAUGUUAUAUGCCGUAUAAUAAAUGUUGUCAAAAUAUACAUAUAUACCUAUAUGUGUGUCUAUAUAUAUAUAUGUAUAUACAGAAUGACCCAGGGGCUAUCGCCCCAUAAGCUAUCAGUGUCUCCAUCAUGAAAAUCCGCAACUGAAACGUUUCUUAUUUCUGAUGGGAAAUUUUUCGUUUGCAAAUUACAGCCGUAUGAAGUUGGCUAAUUCCGUUGCAUCUGAGAGAAUAGAAGAACCCGCUGGCGGAUUGUCAUUUGAGUAUCAUGUGCUUGACAACUGUUCUAAGCCAUAAGAUACUACCAGAUUGGUAAAUUUCAAACAGCUGUAACUCGCAAACUACGAAUUUCCUGUUGGAAUUAAAAAACGUUACUGUCGCAGAUAUUCGGGAGUAAUACAUCGUAGCUUAUGUGGCGAUAGUCCUGGGUCACCCUGGAUGUAUAAUAUAUAUGUAUAUAUAUUUAUUACAGUGAUCUUUGUUUUUAGGUGCGAAAAAUUUUCAUUGGACCCUCCCUUAGAUCUGUUCCUAAUCAUCAAAAAAAAACAACUAUGUCAAGUUUCAAGCCGUUACGUCAACUGGAACACACGGCGCAAAGCUCCAAACGUUUUAAUUGGCAAAUACAUGUUUUUAUAACCACUUACUUUAUCUUUUAUAAAUUUUGGUAAAAAUCCUCAAUAUUUCAAAAUUUUAUAAAAGCUUUUUAACAACAAUUUACUUAUAUAUAAGCUUAAUAGUAUCAUUUUUAUUAAGCUUACAAACAAUAACUAUCAAAAUUUUCAUGGUCUUUUCCUAUCAUUAUAAGUAACAAUUCUGCCAAGUCUCAAAUAGUUCCUUCAGUUUAUACUAGUCAUAGAAAUCGAACCAACUGGUUAUAAAGAAAUGUUUUUUUUAUUUAUAACGUUUCGAGCUUUCAGGCAUGUGUUUCAGUUGACGUAGCGGCUUAAAAAUUGACAAAGAUUUUGUUUUAUAGAUUUGAAAUAGAUCUGGGGCCCGGUCCAAUGAAAAUUUUUCCACCCUCCAAAUAGGAACCACCCAAAUAUACAUAUAUAUAUAUAAUGACAGAGACACUUGUCGCAUCAUUCCAGUCAACCAUUAAUCGUACUAAAUAGUGACGUUAAAUACGUAAAUGAAUAAUGAACUGUAUUUAAACGUGAAUUGAAAUUGAAUUGUAAGCGCUUAUCUACGUUUGCUGAACAUUGCACAAUAGUUAUAACUGGGGUUCAAUCAGUACUGCAUUCGCUAUUGAUAGUAAUAAAUUGCACAUGUAGCUCCGCACUAAAUUGUAAAUUUGGAAUUUACAAAAACAAAAACUAAAUUAUUUCUGAACUAUCUUGGCACUCAGUGAUGUAAAAAUUAAAAUAUCAUUAUCACAGAAAUUUUUCAGCCGUAUUAGUGAUGCACAAAGUGGAUAUUUAAAGACUUUUGAUGCUCUUAACGUACUCCAAUCACUGUUUGAGUUCUCAGGUGACUAGAUGCAUACAUCACCAUCGUUAACUAUUGUUUAAAUGUUGCGUACAUAGCACACGUAUGAAACAGGAUUUACGUUUAUUUUACAGUACCGGCAAAAAAUAAGAUAUAAGUGUUAACAACUUUUGCAUUGUUGACAAAGAGUUUGCAGCACAGCUUUGUUUCAAGUGUAUGAUUUCAAUGCAACACAGUUUAUGAUGUUCUUAUUUUAUAUCAUAAGGUCUCAUCAAAACUCAUCAUUGUAACAUAUGUUGAAAUUUCUAAUCUGUAUAUCAGUUUAUCGAUAUUAGAAGGUAGACAAUAACAGUUGUACGCAAAUUCGGUCUUGUUAUUAAUUGUGUUACUUAUUCUUAGAACUUUUUUUUAUCAGUAACCAACAUACUGAUAUUCAAACCAAAGUCUUGAAAAACAAUAAUUAAGAGUUGGUAUUGCUGAACAGUUUUGAACCUUGAUAAUAUUAUGCACUUGUUUAUGCAUAGGUAUAUUUAUGAUUA